UUGUUUUUUCCUGGAGACGAGCACGCACUCGACGUCCUUCAAAGGCUUUUCCAAAUGCGACAGAGACUAGAACAAUUAUUAGGUGAAGCUAACAGAAAUGGGGGAGGAAGUGGUGAUCAACCUUCACAAAAUUCUACGGAGAGACAACUACAAAAUAUUCAAAAAAUAGCAAAGGAUUCAAAACCAACAAAAACAAAUUUUUCUGCGUCAAAAAUUAAUAAAAAUAAUGAUAAAGAAAUACUUAUUCAAUCGGGUGGAUUUGUAGCGAGAGUGAAGCCAGAUGAACAAAUAAGAGUUAUCUCAACACCGCUUGGAAUAAAACAAAACAACAAUAAAAACAAGCAACAAAAACAUCAAAACAUAUCAGAAUUAAAUAAAAACAAUGCUACAACAUUUGAUGAAAGAAGAAGAGAGGAAAGCGAAUAUUGGAAGGGAGGAGGUGGAGAAUAUGAUGAAGAACCUAUUCUAAUUAAUGGAAGAUUGAUAGAACCUCCUACAGGUUAUUUACAUUCUGUGUUAAUUCAUCACAAUGGAGGGAUCAGUUCUGAAGCAGAAAGUGAAGAAGAAGGCAGGGCAACGAAGAAUAAAAUCCUUCCCUCCUUGGAUGUUGCUAAACUUGAAAAAUCUAAUAGUGGAACUAUUGUGUGUUUCAAAUUUAUGCAGCAUAGAAAUUUGCAGAAUUAUGGAAAUUAUGAAAUUAGCAUUGGAAUGAAAAGAGGAUUAAGCUUGAAUGAGUGUCGUUGUGCAUGUGCUAACACUUGGAAACUUGAAGAAAAAGCACAGUGUAAAAGUUUGCAUUUUGGACGUGAAGAAGGUUUAUGUGAAUUAUUAAGUUCUGAUCAUAGCGGAAAAUCAGAUUUAGUUUUCAACAAAAGCAGUGAUUACCAUUAUGUUUCUUGUGAGAGAAAAUAUUUAUUAAAAACAGCAGAAAAAAUGUGUAGCAACAAAUCAAACGAACAUCAAAAAUUUAAUAAUGAUGGUGUUUUUAAUAAUAACACCGCAACAUCAACAGAAGCAACAAACAUUUUAUUAAAAUCAGAAUUAACAACAAACAAACCAGAAAUUAAUUUAAACAAAAAUUCUAAAAAUUCUGGUACACCAAACAAAUCAGAAUUUAAUUUAAACAAAUCAGAAUUUAAUUUAAACAAAUCAGAAUUUAAUUCAAACAAGAAUUCUGAUACAGCAAACAAAUCAGAAUUUAAUCUAAACAAAAAUUCUGAAGCAACAAACAAAUCAGAAUUUAAUUUAAACAAACCAGAAAUUAAUUUAAACAAAAACAACAUUAAUGUCCAACAAACUUCAACAACAACACAAACAACAACACAAACAACAUCAAUAAAUGUUGUUAUAGAUGUUGAUAAAAACAAUCAACAAUGUUUUGAACGAAUUUCUGGUUUUUCAAUGAAUGGAACUACUACUGCAAGUUUGGAACAUAAUGUUUCUAUAGAACAGUGCAAAUGUUUAUGUGCUAAUUCUUUACAUUCACGUUAUCCUUUUCAAUGUGCUUCUGUCAGUUAUUUUGGGGAUGAACGCGAUUGUGUUCUUAAUUUACAAAAUCGUCAAUCAGCACCAGAGCAGUUUACACCAGAACCUGAUCAACAGGUGAUCUACUUUGGAUUUCUUUGCCAUUCCAAAAAAGCAGCUGAGUUUGUUGAGAAUGUUUGCAACAACAACAUAGAGCCUUCAACAACAAAGGGAAGCAUUAGCGAAAACUACUCCAAGGCGACAGCAAUUUCUUCACUUAAUCCAAAAGACAGUUCAACAACAAAAACAUUCACCAAUGCUUCAAAAUCGUCCACAAACCUAGGUGGGAAACACUGCUUCUGA